AUGGGUAAGGCAAAGGUAGACGACGAAGGCCAGCCGUGUGCGGGAAUAGCCACCGCCGAUCAUCGCGUGCUCACCUCUGUCUCGCGCGCCUCUGCUCCCAGCUCCCGCCCCACGCGCCACGCCGCCGGCAGCGGCGGCGAUAGAGACGCCAUGGGAGGCGGCGCAGCUGUGCAGUCCGGCAGUGGGGCGAGCGGGGGGAGCGGCGGUAGGGGGGUUAGAGGGACGGGCGCGGGGCUGGUGGCGGAUGAUGGGGGCGAGUCGGCGAACCUGCGGGAAGGCGGAGGGGCGGCUGGAGUGGUGGGAUCGGCGCCGAUAUCGCGGCGUCGGAUGCGGCUGAGGCAAGGGGAGGCGAUGCGGCGGCGAGGCAGCGACACGUGGGGGUGGGUGCUGAGCGGACUGGCGGCCUGGUGCCCGGGCCGCUCGCGCCCGGGAGCACGCCGAGGCGCCUUCGGCCUCAGCAGCGCGGGUGCUGGCAGCAGCAGACUGCAGGGCAGUGGGCGACAGGCGAAGAGCGCGCAAGGGUUGCCGUUGUCGCUGAGGCUGUUCCUGGCGGCGGCGGUGGCGCUGGCCGUGGUGGCGGGCAGCGCGCGCCUCAUGCAGGGCGACGACGCCCUCCCCGCGCGCCCCCUCCUCCACCUCCUGCCCGACGCGCGCGCCCGCUCACACGGGGCCCCCGCCACGCCCGUGCCCGCGGGAGCCGGGGGCAGCCGCAACGACUCCGAUGGUGGAGGAGUGGCGGGAGGGGGGACAGGGGUGGAGGGGGAAGGGGCGGGUGGUGGGUAUGGGGGCGAAGAGGGAGAGGGCAGCAAUGGGACAGAUGGGGAAGGGCGUUGGGAUGUGGGUGCAGCAGGCGGUGGGUAUGGGGGCGAAGAGGGAGAGGGCAGCAAUGGGACAGAUGGGGAAGGGCGUUGGGAUGUGGGUGCAGCGGGCGGUGGUGGCGAUGGCGGGACGAGCAUGGGUGGAGACGCGGGGUGGGAGGAGGACGAGGAGGAGGACGAGGAGGGCGAAGGGGCGCGCAGGGAAGGUGGCAGCGCAGGUGAGUCCGGUGGUGGCAGGGGUGAGCGUGAUGUGGCAGGCGGGCUAUGGCGGGACGGCGAGAGCGAGGGGGAGGGCGAAGGCGCGAGUGAGGGGGAGGCAGCAGCGGUGAGGGGGUUGGGUGGGUGGGCGGGUCCGUUUGACAGCAUGGAGGAGGAGGCAGUGGUGGCGCAUGGCCUGAGCGCCUUCGGCAUGCGCACACCGCCACCUGCAUCGCCAUCGUCACCUGCGGCAGUGCGGCAGUGCCGGCAGGGGAGUGAGUUCAGGGCAGCGGUGGAGGGGCGGUCGGUGGUGGUGGUGCUGCACGAGGCGUCGCUCACGGGAGCACCGCUGGCGGGCAUGGAGCUGGCGGAGGAGGUGGCGCUCUGCACCCGCCCUGCCCCCGCCCCCCGCCCCCGCCUUCUCCCACGCAAGCCAGCCACGCUUGUGCCACAGCGGCGGCGCUUGCUGGCUAGUGAGGGCGAGGGGGGCAGGGAGCGGGCGGCACGGGAGGGCUGCAAUGCCACUUGCUCGGAUGCACGCUUGAACUUGCGACGGCUGUUGGGGCGGGUUGUGGAGCAGGGGGCGCAGCGAGCAGGAGGGAGGGGUAGGAAGGAUGCGCGAGGAGGAAGAGCAGACAAGGGGCAGCGCGCACAGCAGAGGCAGCAGCGCAUGGAGCAGCAGAAGUUGCGGCGGCGGCAGCGACGGCAGCAGUUGCAGCAGCGGCAGAUGGCGGCGUUGGAGCAGGCGGGCAUGGUGGUGGGAGGGGCGGGCGUGCACGUGCUGCUGCUGAACCGCAAGGGCGGGCUGCUGCCGGAGCUGCAGAGGCGCGGGCUCAGCGUGCUCAAGAGCAAGGGCAGUGAGAGCUGGCGCGCUGCCAUGGCUGCUCACGUGGUCAUCGCUAGCUCCGCCACCGCUGCCUCAUGGAUCGGUGAGAGCGCUGCACUGCCCCACUCUUGCAUGCCUCUUCACUCUUCUGAGCCAGUGAGCGGCGCGCAGCACAUGCAUGUGCGCCCUGCACCCUGCACGCUCGCUGCAGUUGGAAUUCACUGCAGUGCUGUCAGCCCAUAUGCCCUCCAUCUUGCUUCUCUCCUCCCCCCCCCUGCAGGCGCAUACCUGGCAACUUGCAGCAUUGGCAGCAGUGGCAAGAGCAGCAGUGGUGAUGGCAGUGGGGGCGAGGGCACAGCAGCAGGCAUGGACGGCAGCACUGCCACUGACACAUCUCUGCCCAUGGCGGGCCACGCAGGCGGGGUGAACGCGUGUGGGCAGCGCCUCGUGUGGUGGCUCAUGGAGAACCGACGCGAGUACUUCGACCAGGCCAAGCCCCUGCUGCCACGUGUCAGCACCCUCAUCUUCAUCUCCCACUCCCAGGCAGCCACGUGGCGUGCAUGGGCGGCAGCAGAGGGCCUGCAGCUGCCUGGCAAGCAGCACGUGAUUCCGCUGUCCAUCAACGCAGAACUCGCCGUCAUGGCAGGCCUUGCCCCUCUGCUCCCCCCUUCUCCCCUCCCUCUGCCCACUCUCACAACGUCAGCAGCGGCAGCAGCAGCAGGGCAGGGCAUGGGAGAGGGUAGAGGUGAGGGGGAGGGGAACGGGGCAGCGGAUCUGGCAGCGGCGUCAGCAGCAGCGAGGGCGGAGAUGCGGCGGCGGGUGCGGGCGCGCAUAGGGGCGCGGCGCGGGGACAUGGUGGUGCUGUGCCUCAGCUCCGUGAACCCGGGCAAGGGGCAGCUGGGGCUGCUGCAGGCUGCACUGCAGGUGUGGGCGUCCAGGGGCGAGCUGGGCAUGGGGGGUGGUGCGCUCGCAGCACAGGGCAGGGCGGGCGAGGUGGGCAUGGAGGAGGAUGGGCAGGGGGAGGAGGGCAGUGGGCGGGGAGAGGCGGUGCAGGUGGCGGAUGUGCAGCCACGCCGUGCCCUGGCGCUCCCACGCGCCCUCCCCCCACCACAGCAGCGCGGGCGCGGGCGGCGGCUGAUAGUGGUGGUGGGGGCGAUGAACGGCAAGAGCAACAAGGGCGAGUACAUAGUGCGCAUGGCGGAGGCCGUGCGCGAGCGCAUGGGCCAUGCCCACGUCGCUGCACAGGUGAAGGCGGGCGGCAUAGUGUGGGUGAAUGCCACACUCAAGGUGGCGCCACUGUACGCUGCGGCUGAUGCCUACGUCAUGAACGCACAGGGCAUUGGGGAGACGUUUGGGCGUGUCACGGUGGAAGCCAUGGCCUUCCAACUGCCCGUCCUUGGCACGGCAGUGGGGGGCACAGCAGAGAUAGUGCGGCACAACGUCACAGGCCUGCUGCACCCCGUGCGCUUCAAGGGAGUGCCGCUCUUAGCACGCCACCUCGCCCUUCUCUUGCGCCGCCCAAGCCUGCGUCGCCAGAUGGGUAUGAGGGGGCGGGGGGAGGUGCGCCAGCGCUUCCUCUCACACCUCAUGUUUGCCCACAUGGGGCAGGUCAUUGGGGACGCCUUGCGAGCAGCCGAUGCAAGUCAGCACGUUGGAAAGACACAGUCAGGGGCACUGUGA